GAUACUCUCAGAUUCUGGGGUAGAGGCACAGGCAGAGCCCAUUAGCAUUAGAGCAGCGAUGUCCUUUCUGUGCAGAGCGGCUGCGUCUUCACUCUGUGCCUCCAGAACCUUGCCUUGCGUGCUCAAUGCAGCCAGAGCGUACAGUACAGGUGGCCAGUAUCAACAUAUACUCGUGGAAAAGAAGGGCGAGAAGAAGAAUGUGGGGUUUAUCCAGCUGAAUCGGCCGACAGCUUUGAACGCUUUGUGUGACAUAUUGAUGAAGGAAGUCAGUCAGGCACUGGACAUGUUUGAAGAUGACCCUGCAGUUGGAGCCAUUGUCCUCACAGGGAGUGAAAAGGCAUUUGCAGCUGGUGCUGAUAUUAAGGAGAUGGAGAAGAAAACUUUCCAGGAAUGCUACGCUGGGAACUUCCUUUCCCAUUGGAACCGUGUGGCCACAACUAAAAAGCCUGUGAUUGCUGCUGUGAACGGCUAUGCUCUCGGAGGAGGCUGUGAGUUGGCCAUGAUGUGUGACAUCAUAUAUGCGGGUGAAAAAGCAUACUUUGGACAACCGGAGAUUCUGUUGGGAACUAUUCCUGGUGCCGGUGGAACACAGCGGUUGACCAAAGCAGUAGGGAAGUCAUUGGCAAUGGAAAUGGUCCUCACUGGAGACCGGAUUUCAGCUCAGGAAGCCAAAGCAGCAGGGCUCAUAAGUAAAAUAUAUCCAGCUGCUCAAGUGGUGGAAGAAGCUAUCAAAUGUGGAGAGAAAAUAGCGAGCAAUUCUAAGCUUAUUACAGCAAUGGCGAAGGAGGCAGUCAAUGGUGCUUUUGAAUUGACAUUGGCAGAAGGAAACCGAUUGGAGAAGCGUUUGUUUCACUCGACCUUUUCCACUAACGACCGGAAAGAAGGCAUGAGUGCAUUUGUUGAAAAGAGGAAGGCUAAUUUCACUGACCAGUGAAUGUACAAAGAUGUUCAGAAUGGCAAUGGGAACUGAAUUAUUAAUGUCACUGAGAAAGCCGGAUGUCGAGUAGAUCAGGAGUGGGGUUUUGGAAAUAACAAGUUCUGAUUUCAAAUAAAUAUUUUAUUUUGGUGCUCCUGUAUUCUUUUUAUCAAAGUAAUUGAAGAGGAAAUGUGAACAAUAACUUAAAUCUUCAGUAACCUUGACUCAACAGCCAACCUGUUGGAUCACAUGCUGAUCGAUCUGUUAGAUCCAUGAAUAAUUUAAGCUCGUUUUUUUUUUUUCUUGACAAGUAAUUUUGUUCUUGCCCAUGUUAAGCGUUUUAUCAUUUAGAAAGCAGGUGAAUCAAUAUGUGUAGAGUAUGUGGAAUUUGGACUGUUACUACAGCAACCUAGCAGACUGCAGCAAGCGGAAGAUAACAAUACAGGUCAACUCUUCAAAUCAACUUUCAUCGCAAUUGACUGCACCUGAGAGAUUGUGGAAUGGAAUUCUUGCUAUUUAAUUGUUCCUAAUUUUGUGGAAAGCACAUACUUAAAGAGUGGGUUAUUUGUACAGGGAUGCUGUUUGUUAAUAAUUCUUGAUUAACCAGUACUAAAAGAUUGAAAUAAAGGCAGCCUGCCCAUUGAGACUUUCAGUAACCUCAA